AUGACUGGUGGGGACUCUCUCACCGAGGAUCUCAAUGUCUAUUACAAUGCCGGCGACAUUGCCUGGAUGAUCACAUCCACUGCUUUGGUGCUACUUAUGAUUCCUGGUGUUGGCUUCUUCUACUCCGGCCUUGCGCGACGAAAAUCCGCCCUGUCCCUCAUCUGGCUCUCCAUCGCAGCCACAGCCUUGAUUUCCUUUCAGUGGUUCUUCUGGGGGUAUUCUCUAGCUUUCUCCCACUCCGCUGGUAAAUUCAUUGGAGAUAUGGAGAACUUUGGCUUCCGGAAUGUCUUGGGAGCUCCCUCUGUUGGAUCGAGCAAGAUCCCCGAUCUUAUGUUCGCCGUGUAUCAAGGAAUGUUCGCCGCGAUCACUGUUGCCCUCGCUAUUGGCGCUGCCGCUGAACGUGGACGAAUGCUCCCUGCCAUGGUCUUCUCCUUCAUCUGGGCGACUGUCGUCUACGACCCCAUUGCCUGCUGGACUUGGAAUUCAUCGGGCUGGGUCUUCAAAAUGGGUGGUCUUGACUUUGCCGGUGGUACUCCCGUCCACAUUUCCUCUGGUGCCGCUGCCCUGGCCUAUUCUCUCAUGCUUGGAAAGCGUCGCGGCCACGGUACUCACGAGCUCAACUAUCGCCCACACAACGUCACACACAUAGUCAUUGGCACCGUCUUUCUCUGGGUUGGGUGGUUCGGAUUCAAUGCUGGUUCCGCUCUGUCUGCUAAUCUUCGUGCCAUCAUGGCUGCUGUUGUGACCAACUUGGCAGCAAGCGUUGGUGGACUCACCUGGUGCAUUCUUGACUUCCGUCUGGAACGCAAAUGGUCGACUGUCGGCUUCUGCAGUGGUGUCAUUGCUGGUUUGGUUGCGAUUACUCCAGGUAGUGGUUUCGUUCCAGCCUGGGCAGCUGUUAUUUUCGGUGUGGUAGGUGGCGCUGCCUGCAACUAUGCCACCAAGCUCAAGUUCCUCCUUCACAUCGAUGACUCCCUCGAUAUCUUUGCAAUCCACGGUGUAGGUGGCCUGGUGGGAGAUCUCUUGACCGGACUUUUCGCCGCGGAUUACAUCGCUCAUCUGGAUGGGGCCACAGUGAUCGACGGUGGCUGGCUCAAUCAUCACUGGAUUCAACUGGCUUAUCAACUCUGCGACGGUGUUACUGGAAUGGCAUAUUCCUUCGUCCUCAGUUGCGCCAUUUUGUUCGUGCUCAACUUUAUCCCUGGCCUGCAUCUUCGUGCAUCCGAGCAAGAAGAGAUCAUGGGUAUGGACGAGACCGAGAUAGGCGAGUUUGCAUACGACUACGUCGAGUUGUCCCGAGACGUUGUCAAUGGCCUUGAACAAGACACCCCUGCCCACCGAGAAGCACCUAGCUCCGAUGGCGAGCACCCUGAGAAACCAGCAAGUGUACCUCAGUCGCCAUGA